AUGCACUUGGUUAUAAGCAACAGUAGUGUAAUAGCCAUUGUUCAAAUUUCCGGAGUGGUUAAUUACAGCAUUGAAGUUGUAGUGCUUGCAACAAGAGACUUCACUGUCUACAGUGAUAGGAAUAGAAACGGUGCCCGGCCAGCAGCAGAUUAUGGAUUAGGAAACACGGCCUUCCGUGAAAUAUUUGAGAUACAUAUGGUGUGUGAAUGGAUCCAAAGAGUUUUACAUAGUGCAAUCAUAUUUUUAUUUCCUCCUUGUUUAAUCAUUCUAUUAAAAAGUAUGGAAGCUCCGGAAAUAAAGUCUUCGACUAAAGAAGUAGAUCAGCUAUACCACCAGAUAUCAAAUAUCAUCAAUAAAUACAAAAAUAAAAGUCUGAUCACCUUAAUAGCUGGGGAUUUUAAUAGCAGAGUAGGAAAAGCGAAAGAGGAAUGUACAGGUAUCUAUGGUAAAGGAAAAAGAAAUGACAAUGGACAACUCCUAAUUGAUUUUUGCAACAUCAGCAAAUUAUUUUUAGCCAAUACAGCAUUCAACCAUCCUGCUAAACAUAUAACAACUUGGGCAAAUCAAAGACAAAAUGCAAACAAAGAUAAAGUCAUCACAAUAUAUUCACAAAUAGAUUUCAUCAUUGUUCUUCAAAAACAAAAACAUAUCCUACAAGAUGCCAGGUCAUUUAGUGGAACCAUGACAAGUAGUGACCACAGAUUAGUACUGAGUAAAAUUAAAGUUAAACCUUUUCAAGUCUUUAAAAAAACAAGGACGGUGAAAGAUAACAUCAAGAAAGUAGACAUAGCACACCUUACCAAUAACGAAAACAUGAGAAAAGCUUACCAACAAAAUCUAGAAACAAGUUUACAAUCAAAUGUUUCAGAAAACAUCAGUAUUAAAGAAAAAUGGGAUGCAGUGAAACAAUCAAUUAAAUCUGCUGCUGAACAAACACUUCCUAGACAGAUCCCAAGAAAUCGUAACCAUGGUCAUAACUAUGAUCCAGAAAUUGAACAAAUGUCAAAAACACAAAAGGAACUUCGUAUUCAAAUCAGUAACUGCAAAGAUCUUGACAAGAUGACAAGGUUAAAAAACGAAAGAAAUAACAUCAUGAGACGUAUCAAAGACAAGCUGCUAGAAAAUAAAACAAAAGAAAUCGAAAAUAAAUUAAGUGAAAUCAACCAAAUGAAGGAUACAGCAAAAACGUUCAAAGCCCUACGGAUGCUGCACUCAAAACCAUAUGAAAAUCCAUAUGUUCACGACGAAACUGGUAAACAUAUCGCAUCACCACAACUAGUAUAUGAAACAAUUAAAUCUCACUUUCAAACACAAUUCUACAAACCAAAUGAAACCAACUUACAACAAUUCAUCGAUAAUCCUAAACCAUUGAACCAACCAAUUACUACUGAGGAAAUCAGAAAAUGUGCAAAUCUACUUAACAACAACAGAGCAUCAGGUUUCGAUAACAUCUCAGCUGAACUUAUUAAAUAUGCUCCCACGAUUUGUCACAAUGAAAUAGCUGAUAUAGUGAAUGACUGUUUCAACAAAAAUGAAGACAUCGAUGUUGGAAAAGGUAUCCUCAUCCCACUGUGUAAGCCUAAAAAACCUAAAGGCCCUGUUAAAAAUCUACGUCCUGUAACUCUACUUCCAAUCAUUCGAAAGAUUAUUUCCAACGUAGCUCUUCAACGCAUCAAACCAAAAAUUGACGACUACCUUUCAUUAAGCCAAAGUGCUUUCCGACAAAAUCGAAGCACGUCAGACGCUGUAUGGACUCAUCGCUGGUUAGUUGCAAGAAUUGAAAAAUACCAGGAGAAGAUUUAUAUUACAGGUAUCGACAUGAGUUCCGCAUUUGACACCAUCAAAAGAGACGAGUUGUUAAACAUCCUUGGUAAUGUAAUAAACGAAGAUGAAUUGAGAUUAAUUCGAUUUUUACUUGCUAACACAAGUCUUGAAAUCAGAAUCUCCUUACGUAAAGUUAGAAAAAUUCUGGAAAAAGACCAUAUCCUUGACGAACAUUCAUACUCAAAGAGAAACGAAUCAUUACUCCCAGUGACUGAAGAUAAUUUGUUGGUAAACGAGACAAAAACAGAACACACAUUACUAGAAAGAAAGAAAAAAGUAAACAACGAAACAAAUGAACCGUGGAGACAUGUCAAGAAAUUGGGGUCAAAGCUAGGUAUCCAUGAAGAUAUAGCUAACAGAAAAGCAUUGUUAACAGCUGCCCUACAGAAAAUAAGUGAUGUGUGGAUUAAGAAAGAUAAAAUCAGUACUCAGCUAAAAAUCAGAAUCUAUCAAACUGUAGUCAAAUCCAUAUUAUUAUACAACUGUGGUACAUGGGGUUUGAACAAAAAUGAAGAAAAGAACAUGAAUUCCUUCCAUCGUCGACAACUUCGUCAAGUAUUAAACAUCAAAUACCCAGUAACAAUAAGGAACAAGAAGUUGUACGAAAUAUCAAAAACAAGACCUAUUACAUUGGAUAUAAUCCAAGCUCGAUGGAGGUUAUUUGGGCAUGUUCUCAGAUUACAGAAAGACACACCCGCUCAACUGGCUAUGAAUCACUAUUUUGAACAAUCGCAAGUAUCAAAAUUCAAAGGUCGUCAACGAAUUACGUUACCAAUCAGUUUAAACAAUGAUAUAAGAAGAGCAGUGGAAUCUGAUAACAGUUUUGCAAUAAAAUUUGGCGUCUCGCAAUUGAUUUCGAAACAUGACCUAAAGGUCUUAAGGGUAAUCGCUGAAGAUCGAAAUACAUGGAAGUCCCUUUCAAGGCACAUAUAUAUUGCAGCUGAAGCAACUACUUAUACUGAAGAAAAUCUUACAGUAGAUGAUAGAAGCGAAGACAGCUGA